AUGGGUGACCCGGGGCACGCUGCGCCCGCAGCGCUGCAGGAGAUCGCCAGCAGAAUCGCUGACCUCAGCAAGUGGAGGGAAAUCUUCAGUUCCUGUGGCUUGGAAAUCAACAGCACGACUCAUCAGCAGGGACCGAGCAGCGCCGGCCGCGGAGCGCCCGGAGCCGGGCAGUCCCCGGGGCCGCAGCCCCCCUCCGCCGUCCCCCGGCCCCUCCUGCUCCCUCAGGGCGCGGGCGGCCGCCCCAUCUCCCCGGACGCGGCCACGAGGCUGCAGCAGCUGCUCUUCGGGGGCACGGUGCCCCUCUUCAGCUGCGAGUGGGCAGCGGCGCGCUUCAGCUUCCACCCGCCGCGCUCCCGCCUGGCCUACGCGCUGCAGGCAGCACAGGGAGGAACAAGAGCCAUUCUGGCAGCUGUACAAGCACACAUCAUCGCAUUCCUGCUCUUCACAAGAGAGACAGAAUGUACUCACCUGGCAAGGCUGCGCCGGCUCGGGCACGGGGAGCAGGGCCGGGCCCUGGCCACGGCCCUGGCAGAGACCCUGUGGGCAGCAGGAGGAGGUGGCAGAGCCGUCGUGUGCCUCGUCACCGCCCCCGUCCCCACGAUGCCACGCGAAGGCUGCAGGGCCAACAGCGUCACAGAGAGAAUCCGGCUGUUCGAGUUCUCGGAGAAAGCUGCUGCUCAGGAGUUCAUCUCUGAUCACAUAAACUGUUUCAGAGGUGAAGGAAGCCAUGGAGUGAUCCUAUUUUUAUACAGUUUACUUUUCUCUAGGACACUUGAAAGGGUCCAAGAGGACUUGGGUGACGCAGCUCCUCUGUUGAACAUCAGCGCUGGAAACAUCACCUGUACGGAGGCCGUGCUCAGCCUGCUCCUGACGGGCCGGGCGAGCCCGCGGCAGCUCGGCGGCGGCGGCGGCGGCGGCGGCGGGCGGGAGCCGGAGCCCGGCGCUGGGGACGGCGGAGGCGGCGGGGCGGCGGGGCCGCGGGGCCGCGUGGGCUUCCUGCGCUGGGAGCGGGCGCGGCGGCAGCGGCAGGUGAGCCCCGGGCUGCGGACGCCCCGGCUGCCCGUGUGGCUGUGCAGCCUCUCGGGCAGGCUCAGCGUGCUCUUCGGCACCGACAGCCGCCUGCUCUCCGACUGGAAAGCCGAGAGAAUUUUCCACCUGUACUUCUACAGUGGGCAGCAGGAGCAGACCCAAACUGCCCGCCUGACGAUAGUUCAUAUACUGAGCAUGAUGCCACAGGGUCUGCAAUACCCCUUUGAUCGUUCUGGCUCCUCUGUCCUGGCUGUGCCUUCUCCCAGCCUGCCACGCACUCCCACCCUCCUCAGCAGCGUGGCAGCAGGUGGGAGCAAACAGGCCUUGGCUACACUCAUUCGCAUCACUGGGAAGAGGCUCAGAGGGAAGGCCCCUGCAGCCCAGGGAGGAGGCGCCCAGCCCUGGAGAUGGCAAUCAGGACCAAGUGGCCAGGAGCGACCGUCAGCUGGAACGGGACAGACCCCUUCUUCUGAGGAGGGAGCAGGAUGGGCCCCUGCUCCUGCCGGGCACUGCCAUCUCCCACACGCCACCAGCUGCGCUGGGCACUGCACUCCGGAGGACAAAAAGCUCUCUCCAGUCAAACAGCCUUUGGUGCGUUGA